AUGCAUUAUGGAUCCUUCAAAGGAGCAGACUCCCCUACAUUAGGAACUAGAAUUGAAUUGCAGCAAAAACUUACUGAAUGGAAAAUAGAAAAUAAAGUAUCUACAUGGUCAAUUUCACUACCCACCCAUAUUCCUAUGUAUAAAUUGCCUUAUAGACAUAACGUGAAAUUUGAAAAUAUACCAUACCUACCUCCUAUACUGUAUCUAUUAUAA